AUGUUUUGGGUGGGCCGCGUAAAACUGCGCUGCCACCACUACCUGGACCGCUACAUAGGCCACUGCUUGGAAGUCCACGGCCACCGUCUCCAGUGUUUCCGAAACGGAACCAGGAAGCGGCAGGAAUACCCUAAUGGCAUGGUGCGAGCUGCGGCAAACAUUAAUCGCAACUUCUGGGUCCUGUUCAAGGAUUUGUGCAGAGACAGAAACGGACGACGGCGGACUCUCCCGCACCUUUGGCAUGCCUCCUCGUUGCGACUUUCGGCCUUGCCUCAUUACCCCCGAUUCAACCCCGUCAUUCCGUCAUCGGGUAACCCCUGGUACGUCACGCUGCGCCCGGGCGGCCUCUACAUCCCGUCCAAGAUUGAACCUCUCGUCGUGGAGUCGUGGAUGCCUCCCAAGCCGAUGCUUGAGCUAGCGGCACGGUGCCAUUGGAAGAAGGAUAAACAAAGAAUGCGCCAUAGCGGACAACACCCUACCGCCCUUGCCAUUUCCAUCUCCCAUGCUCCCCCGCCCCUCCAAUUUGAUAUUUACUUUCCAUACCUGCCUGAAGCGGAAGGUCGUGGCUGUCGCUUGGCCCUGGCGAGUGGCAAGCUCCGUGCCAACUUGCGCCGGCCACCAACCGCCCUCGACAGCCCGCGGGCGCGAGCAUGCAACCCACAGUCAAGGCGUGGCCCCGAGCACCAUUGUCCUGGCAAGAGACGCCAUGAUCCGCGAAUAUUCGACGUGCGGAGGCGACAGCGACGUUGCGAUGGCAUGAAAGGAGGCAACUGCCUGGCGGGCGUGUUCAUGCCGUCAAGGGACAAACACCUGCCAUGUAAGGCCGGUAUGGAUGAUGGCCACUACUUGGCACCCCGCCGAGAUUGUCUUGGGGCCAAGGGGGCUCCACUUUGGAUGCCGCCCAGACCUUCUUGCGGUGCGUGGGGCGCUUCUGUUCUAACCCAACUCCCGAAGGGCAACCUGCGGAAGGCUCUCAAGGUCCCCCAGCGCGCACGCGUUUUGCAGCGGUGUUGGUGGCCGAAAGAGGUGCCGGCAUGCGACGGUGGGGUUGGCACCAAGCCAGACACGGCCUCAGGGGAGCCUUUGAUCGCUGUUCCUGGGCCAUCAUCCGUUGCUCUGCUCUCUCUCGCCCGAUAGGAUCAUCCUGACAAGGCGGGAGCUAUCUCUCUGAUCACCCUGCUUGUUUCGACCUUGCAUUCCUCGUUUUUUCCCUUCUUUUCCGCGCGCACCAAACGGCCGUCCUUCCGAACCAAGAAGCACGACCCCGCCAGGAACCUCAACCCUCUGGCCCGCUCCACCUCCUUCCGUGGGCACGGGGUCCUCGGGAUGAGGACGCUAAGCCACCCACGGCGCAGGGAUGCGACUGCGCGGUAUCUCUCACUACCCUUCUCGUCGCGGCCGAGGUGAGUGGACCGCUGGAAGCUGGGUCUCCGUAUCGGAGAGUCGUGCCCCCUUGUCUCGACGGGCCAAUGGAUGCUUUGCGUAUGGGGUCGACGAGGGCGGCUUUCCGCAUGGCCCAUGUUCGAGGUCCGGCCCCAUCCGGUCGCCUCUGGGCAAACGUCCUCUACGUACGCGCCGUCCUGGACAGCUUGGUCAAUGUUGCGUUGCAGCAGCGCAUCGUCAUGCUUGGCACUGUCGCAGGCUGGUAGCCAGAUCGGAUACGAGCAGGGGGUGCCCGAACGGCGCCGGGAGGGGAGCCGGACGGCAAGGGGGCCAGGGAUGUCUCCUUCCAUGUUGCCGAAUCCGCAAGUUUCCUGGCCAAGGGCGUGAUUCGUCUUGACGGGUCUCGUCUUUGGACAAGGAGCAGAUGGUUGCAUCGUCUAUAAAGGUUGCUCCCGUCCGCUCAUGUUAGUUUUGCCGAACUUUAUCUCUCCCUCAGAGCUUCCAUAACCCUUGACGGCCCCAACACGUUUCUCUCAUCCAUCCUUAUGCCGAGAACUCCGUCGUCAGCUACGUGAGCGCCUUCUCGGUCUUCCUCGUCGAAGCCCCAAGUCUCUCAACCGAGUAGUCUGGAGCUUCAUACGCGGGAUUAUACCUGCUAGCCAUAGCCUCGUGCCCCCUAUUCUCUGUGGCCUGUCUACAUGCCCCUUAUCCUCUAAUUUUGCAACUCCGUCAACCCG